AUGGAGCACAAGUCUUCACCAAUGUACUUAAUGACAUCAUCUGUGGGAAUGAAGGUAGCUCCUUCUUUACCACUUUUCUGUGGGGAUAGAGCAUGUAGCCCAGUCCGAAGAAAAACCAAAAGUGCACAGUGCAUCCUAUCAAAAAAGGUGGUAGCAGUAUCUGACUACCAUCCCCCAAGAACAGAAGAGUUGCCAUCUCACCAAAGGGAUCUCAUUCAAGUCUUCUGCAAAAAUGAAGGUGGGCAAGAUUUCAGCCAUCUGCAGAAUGGACAGCAAGCAUUUUUCUCCAGUCCUACCAGGUGCACUGCAACAUACACAGGAAUUUCUAAACAACGGUCAUUCAGCUGUAGCAAUAAUCAAUCAGAUGCAAAGACUUUGCAGCCUCCGGCAUCCCCAAAAUCAAAUCACCAUGCAAAAUGGAUUGCAACCGCAGAACCAGCAGCAAAGAACAGCAUUUUUUCAGAACAGCAUGGAAGUCUCUCACGGAAAAAUACUGAAGACAACAUAAGCGCAGUUCAAGGAAAUGAGGCCUCUUUACCCUUGACUGGCAGCACUUUGUAUGGCACACCAAGCCUCCUGCGAAAAAUAUGGAUGAAGCAUAAAAAGAAGUCGGAAUAUCUGGGGGCCACCAAUGGUGCCUUUGAGGCAGACUGACAAGCCUCAGCCUUGCUCCUGUGGGACACCAGUUCCUUUUACAAAGGAACUACGUAAUACAGUACUACUCUGUUUAUCUGCUAGUGAAUGCAGGGCAGGUCAUAUUCACCCAAGGAAAUAACAUUUGCUGGACUUACAGAGAAGAAAAUGUACAGGACCACAAACUACACAAACAACUCAGUUUAUAUAUUUUUUUCUUUUUUACAUAUUUUUGAUAGCCAGUGAAUGUGUUAACAGAUUUGAAUGUGUGAUCACACAUCACCCCAAUAUUUUAUUAUUCUGUCCUGACUGAUCUGGAUUCAUUAGGAGAAGGCUUAGAGGAGUUUUUGUAGUCCUAACAACCAAUUCCCGUGUGUCAUUUGAAGUACAAUCAAGAACAUGUAUUGUGCAGUUCUAUUCCUGAAAAUGAUAUAUCUAAGUAAGUAGCUUUCAAACACUGCUUUCAGGGAAACUUUCCCAUUGAAUUUAUUUGGCUGAGGAGCCCUUGAAAAUUACAGAAGAUUCUUUGAUUUGUUCUAAGCCUGGUUCUCGGGCAUUGGGGAGCUGAAGUCCAAAACACCAGCAAGACCAAAAUUUGAGACCCAGUUUUCCAGAAGGCAAACAUUUAGUUCACCUGAAGCAACAGCCAUACCUCACCGUUGACUCAUAACUGCAGGCUC